AUGACAGAAAAUCAAACAUGGGUCACAGAAUUCAUUCUCCUGGGAUUCCCACUCAGCCCACUGACUCAGGUGUUCCUCUUCGGGCUCUUCUCCCUGUUCUAUGCCUUCACCCUGCUGGGGAACAGCACCAUCCUGGGGCUCAUCUGGCUGGAUUCCCGACUGCACACCCCCAUGUACUUCUUCCUCUCCCACCUGGCUGUUGUUGACAUAGCCUAUGCCUCAAAUAAUGUCCCAAAGAUGCUGGCGAACCUUCUGAACAAGGAAAAAACGAUCUCCUUUGUCCCAUGCAUAAUGCAGACCUUUUUAUACAUGGCUUUUGCUCACACUGAGUGUCUCAUCUUAGUAAUGAUGUCUUAUGAUCGAUAUGUGGCGAUUUGCCACCCCCUACGUUACACUGUCAUCAUGAACUGGAGAGUAUGCACGGUUCAGGCUGUCAUUUCCUGGGCAUGCGGCUCCCUGCUGGCCCUGGUCCAUGUGGUUCUCAUCCUGAGGCUGCCCUUCUGCGGGCCUCAUGAAAUCAACCACUUCUUCUGUGAGAUCCUGUCUGUCCUCAAGCUGGCCUGCGCUGACACCUGGCUCAACCAAGUUGUCAUUUUUGCUGCUUCUGUGUUUAUCUUAGUCGGGCCCCUCUGCUUGGUGCUGGUGUCCUACACGCGCAUCCUGUUCGCCAUCCUGAGGAUCCAGUCCGGGGAGGGCCGCAGAAAGGCCUUCUCCACCUGCUCCUCCCACCUCUGCGUGGUGGGGCUCUUCUUUGGAAGCGCCAUUGUCAUGUACAUGGCCCCCAAAUCCUACCACCCCGAGGAGCAGCAGAAGAUCCUUUCCUUGUUUUACAGCCUUUUCAACCCUAUGCUGAACCCACUGAUCUACAGCCUGAGGAACACCGAUGUCAAGGGCGCCCUGAGGAGAGUGCUGAGGUUGGAGAGAUCAAUGUGA